AUGGCUACUAACCUAUCACGAGAAGAGAAGCUCGCUCUACGACGUGCCAAGCUUCAAGAAAUCAAGCGGCAAAAAGAUUUGCAAGGUCGCUCAGAGUCUGCGGCAGAACCACAACUCACUUUUGCAAUUAAAACCAUCAAGAAUACUCAACCGGUCAAUCAAAAAAAACGCAAGGGCUACGUAUUUGAUGAGGAGAAUCUGAAUGAGGGCAUUAAAAAGUUCGCUCCACCGAAAGGGUCAUCAAAUACACGGCACGAAUCAGUUUCUGGAGAUGAAGUAGACGAGCUCGAUAAGUUUGUCAGCACGCUCUCCCAAACUACAACACCUGAGUUCAAUGUGGUACCAGAGCAUGAUAUCUUUGACGAGAAUCUUGAAGAGGUGGAGGAGGAUAGUCUUCUCACAUCCAAGCUCGCAAAGUUGAAUCAAGAGAAGAUCCUCAUCGCGCCACCUCCAUCAACGACAUAUGGUGCUGUCAGGAAAUGCUUUUACAAUGAGCCAGCUGAUAUUGAUGACGCUGAAAUGGAUCUUAUCCGACACCUGUGGGGUGUGGUGGAUGUUGAGGGUGAUACCCCCCCUAAACCCGUCACUUCGUGGCAAGAAAUGCAGUUGCCUUCGAAUUUGAUGGCAACUAUAGCGGAGUAUGGUUAUGAUAAGCCAUCUCCCAUUCAAGCGCAAGCAAUUCCUGCACUACUUAUGGGGCGGGAUUUGGUGGGCAUUGCCAAAACCGGAUCAGGGAAAACACUAGCAUUUUUGCUCCCCUUGCUUCGUCAUGUACAAGGGCAACCUCAACUUGAAAGUGGAGAUGGCCCCGUGGCACUUGUCCUCACCCCCACUCGUGAAUUGGCAUUACAGAUAUACAAAGAAGCUACAAAAUUUCUGGGAUUUUCUGCCGUGUGCUGUUAUGGAGGGAUUAGUAUCGAGACGCAAAUUGCGGAUCUCAAGCGUGGUGUGGAGAUAAUAGUGGGUACACCAGGUAGGGUGAUCGACUUACUCGCAGCUAACGGCGGCCGCGUCACCAAUUUACAUCGGUGCAGUUAUGUGGUCAUGGACGAAGCAGACAGAAUGUUUGACAUGGGAUUUGAACCGCAAGUCACAAAGAUUCUCUCUCAAGUCACAAGGCCGGAUCAUCAGACUGUCUUAUUUUCGGCCACUUUUCCAAAGAAAAUGGCGACGCUUGCACGGAGAGUUAUGGUUCAUAAACCAUUGAAAAUUACUAUUGGUGAGAUUUCAACUGUUGCAAGUGAAAUACAUCAAGAGGUGAAGCUUUUCAAUUCAGCCGACUCUUCGAAUGUGCAUGAUGCUAAGUUUGAUUACUUAGUUGAAAUACUAGCGGAUUUUUUCAGACACAACCAUGGCAAAGUUUUAAUUUUUGUCGAGCUGCAAAGCAUGGCUGAUACACUUUCAGUGGGUCUUUUGCAUGAGAAAUUCUCUGCUUUAGCCAUACAUGGCGGAAAAGAUCAAAUCGAUCGGAAGCAUGCAAUCAAGAUUUUCAGUGAUAAUGAUAGUGAUGUUAAUGUGUUGAUCGCGACGUCGAUAGCAGCCAGAGGACUUGAUGUCAAGAAUCUUAAUCUCGUAAUUAACUAUGACCCUGCCAGCCAUUUGGAAGAUUACGUUCAUCGCGUUGGACGUACUGGACGAGCAGGUGCCAAGGGCCGCGCUAUAACUUUCGUUACGUCAAAUCAAGAGCGGGCAAUUGCCGAUUUAGCUCGGGCUUUUAAGGCUAGUGGCCAAAACUUACCGAGUGAAUUGGAUGUCGCAAAUCGCAAAUUCUUGAAACUGGUGAAGGAAGGCAAGGCGAAAUUUUCUUACGGAUUUGGAGGCAAAGGGUUGGAAAACCUCGAUGAAAAUCGUCAGCUGGAGAAGACCAUACAGCACAAGUUGUUUGAUGGUGACACUGCAGUUGAGAAACCACCCGUUACGGCAAUCUCAAAGCCAGACAUACCAUUGCCCAGUUUUGAGAUCUUCGAAGGAUGUGCACCUGAAACUGGUCACAGCAGCUCAAAGUAUCACUCCCGUAUUGUCAUUAACGAUCUUCCCCAACUGGCAAGGUGGCACAUUGCGCAUCGCGAAUCUCUUGCUAAAAUUAUUGAUGCUUCUCAUGCGUCGGUGACACAUAAGGGUCAGUUCUAUGCAUCUCAAAAGACUGCCCCAACCUGGCCACCAGUAGAGUUUGGUCGCGAUGUGAAGCCAGCUCCAAAGCUCUAUUUACUAAUUGAAGGUGCAACUGAGCACAUUGUGAAACACGCCAAUAAUUUGAUUCGAGAACGGAUGCUCGAAGGUUUAGACUUGGCAGCUUAUGAAGAAAAGAGAAAUCCAUCCAAAAAAUAUUCUGUUUGA